UUUUGAGGCAGUCAAACAAUCAUUUGAAGAGGCAAGAUAUGCUAAAAAAAGAUUUCAUACAUUCAUAGAUUCAUCCAUUGGUUUAAAAAGACUUGCCAAGAUUUUUCGUAAUGGCGUUGAUGGAAUAGGAUAUAGUUCAAAUGCAAGUUCUGUAUGGUAA